UACUUUAUCUGACAUUUUUUUUCUCGUUUUCAGGUCUCGAUUAUUUCGAGAAAGAAAGAGAAGAGAUUAUUACGUCGCUAGAUGACGUCCUGGAUUCCCUUCUAGCCAUACCUUCCAGUUCUCGAUCUUCUAGCCCCGUGACGUCACGACGCAGUAGUCCAAUUGCUCCUCAGAUGCUUAGCUCAGCCCACGGAACACGAGAGGGGCGAAUUUACUCUGCUGGUGAUUGGACUGAAAAGGUGGAACAUUGUCAAGAGUUACCUGCUGGCAUGACUUCGCCUGCAACUGUUCUCAGUAGUAGCGUGGAUACCAAAGAGUCUCCUCAUCAUGAAGCAGAAUAUCUUGGACCUGCAACAAAUGAGGAAAAGGCGUAUUCAAGCGUCUCAACCACGACUGUAGAACCCGAAUUUGGGCUUUCCCUAAGAAUAGACGCAAAUGAUAAGUUCGUAAAAGAGGUGUCUCAGAAAACGAAGAAACGUCAAGAAUCGAUGCAUUUCAAGGACUCUUCCCUGAAGGCUCAAGACCCACAAUAUCAGCGCCAUUCUCUUCAGGAGCCGACUCAGUACCCUAAGAAACCAUCAAAAAACUUGCGUUACUCCUAUCAGGAGCCAAUCAAUCAGACUUUCGAACCAUCUUUAGGUAAGGAACGAUCUCGAAAUGAAUCAACUCAGCUACAGGGAUUGAUCACGUGUAAUCGCCCCAAAUGCACUAAGGUCAUGCCUGCAGGUGAGGUCCAAGCUAAGUUUCGCAUGUGCCCUAACUGUUACACUUAUUAUUGUAGCAAGCACUGUCGCAAAGCUCACUGGGAUCGUCAUCAAAAUCAAUGUCCCUAUACAAAGAUCAGUAAUAUGUGCCAACAAGUUCUGCUAAAAGUCAGACAAGACCCAGUUUCCAGACGUAACCUCUCCGUGUGUGCAAGGCGAGGAUAUCUCUCCAGAGGACGAGGAGCUGUGAAACUAGUGUUUUACAGUAUUGAUGAUGCCAUAGAUUUCAUGUGUAAAGGUUGGGACUCAAUUCGUGGACAAAAUACUUAUAUCCCUAGAAAUGAGAUCAUACCCCAGGAAAUGGGUACUGACACAUAUACCCACAUCCGCUCCCUCUGCGACCGCUACAACCCGGGCAAGAAGUUUGUUCUUCUAGCAGCUGUACGUGUAACUGAAGAGAUGUCGAGUGGUGCGGGUGCCUUAGUGGAGCGAGAAAUAAUCAUAAGAGGAACAAAGUUGCGUCUCGCUCCACCUCAACCAGAAGAUGACCUUCAAACUGUGAUACUGACUAUAGCUAAAGGACCUGGAUCUGACCUGACAGAGAGAUAUCAAGAAUGUGAAGCUAUGAAGCGUCAUCUGCAGGAACGAGGAAUAAACUUAGCUGCUGAAUUUCCAGACAUGUAUGCAAAAAUUAAACAUUUUGUGGAAGGAGGAGAGGCCUUCGUUCCUUUCAACGUGUUCCUCACUGACCGCAGAACAACCAAAAUGUUCAUGUGUAUAAUCUUACCUUGGGCUGAUGCUGAGAUAUUUCAAAACAUUUCUGCCAAAGAAACGGUCAGUAAAUCAAGACGACUGUGGAUGCUUUAAGAUGGCGUCUUCCUAUUAUUUACAAGUAGAUUUCAAAGUGUUAGUUUCGCAUUCACGGCUUAGAAGCCUUAAAGUGAAAAUUAAUCUACUAAAGUUUAGUUCAAUUACUAUAUCCAGAAAAAAAAUACAAAAAAAAACAUUACAUACGCUAUGCAGACUUGUUGUGAACAUUGUAAAUUGACAAUACCAAAGUAAAAAAUGAAGGCUGUGCCAAAUCUUAUAGAAACUUCGAAACACUGAGUGUAUACCAUUCAGAACAAGCAUUACAUACGAAACGAAUAAGUAUUCCAAUCGACAGCGCAUUUAUAUAUUAUGGCGACACCUUUAAAUUAUAAACUAAAAAAAAAAAAAUGAUCACUGUAAAUUCUAUUAUCAUAAAUACUGUGAUAAUUGUAUGUAUGUGAACUUAAUGUCUUUGUGAUGCAUUUUGGAUGGUUGGACAGGAUCAUAAAUUUAUGAUAUACAUUUCACUUUCUUUAGGCUAUAAACGUGCAACAAUAAGAUAAAAUAGAAACACUUGCAAGCCCGAAUCUUCUUAAAUUUUGAUAAUUUAAUUUAUUAUAUAUAUAUA